CAGUACUGUUAUCUGUCAAAACAUCAUGAGAACAAAAUAAAUUUCCUAACCAGAUCAAAAUAUUGCAACAACAAGAAAAAAAUAUUGUCGUGAAUGUUAUUAAAGUGAAUACACUGUGUCCGAAUCAAGUCAAAUGUGAUCAGCUUAAAAAUCAAAUAAAAUGCUCUUUCGUAUAAAUUCAAUAAAAUUAUUGUUGCUAAAGAGAAACACAAAAUCGGUAUUUAGAUAUUGUAGUACACAACAAAGUGAUGAUUGUACGCAAAAUGUAGCCAAUAAGUCAGUUCGUGUUAGAUUUGCGCCCAGUCCUACUGGUUAUUUGCAUUUGGGCGGCUUACGAACUGCGCUUUACAACUAUUUGUUUGCCAAAGCGAAUCGUGGCGCAUUUAUAGUUCGCAUCGAAGACACGGAUCAAACGAGAACUGUCAAAAAUGCACAAGAGACACUGUUUAAAAAUCUCGAAUGGGCUGGUAUCAAACCAGAUGAAUCAGUUAUUCAUGGUGGUGAUUUUGGGCCAUACGUACAAAGCAAACGCUUAGAUUUGUACGAUAAACAUUUAAAAAAAUUAAUCUCAAACGGACACGCUUACUAUUGUUUUUGUACGGAACGAAGACUAGAGCUGCUACGGCGUGACGCAAUGAGAGCCAAUGAGAUUCCAAAAUAUGACAAUCGAUGCAGGCAUUUGCAUUCGGAAAAGGUGGCGGAAAAAUUAGCCAGUAAUCAUCCAAAAAUUGUUAGGUUCAAAUUGAAUUCGAUGGAUGAAACUUUUAUCGAUCUGAUUUACGGAGAGAAAACAUUCAGUAUGCAAUCUGAAGGUGAUUUUGUAAUUCAAAAAUCAGAUGGCUAUCCUACCUACCAUUUUGCCAACGUGGUUGACGAUCAUUUAAUGGGAAUUUCACAUGUGCUUCGUGGUGUUGAAUGGCAAGUAUCAACGCCGAAACAUUUGGCCAUGUAUAGAGCAUUCGAUUGGACACCUCCAUUGUAUGCACAUUUGCCCUUGAUUUUGAAUACAAACGGAACCAAAUUAAGCAAGAGGCAAGAUGAUGCUAAUGUUGAUUAUUACAAAGAACGUGGAAUUUUCCCAAGAGCUUUAAACAAUUUCAUAACACGAAAUGGUGGUGGUUUCAAAUGGGAUUCGUCAAUCUUAAAAAAUCAUUCAAUGGAUGAACUCAUCCAAGCAUUCGAUAUAACCAAAAUGCACAGCUAUCCCAGCCGACUACAAAAUUCCGACCUAUACGAGAUCAAUGCCCUUGAGAUACAAAGACAAGUGAAUGAUCCAAUUUUAAUUGAGAAAUUAGUUGAACAGGCACGUCAACUCAUUAAAGAUACUUUUCCAGAAAACAUUGACUCGCUAGAUUUGGGUGAUGCACAUAUCAAAAAUGCAUUAAAAUUUGCAAGUGACAAUUUAAAUAAUUUGGGACAAUUGGUUGAAGGCGAUCCUUCUUUUCUUUGGGUUUUACCGGAAUUAACAACAGACUACGUUCAACCAGAAUGGAUGAAUAGUCUUAUUGCAGAGCUCGAAAGUACUGAAUUUACAAAGCAGAUAUUAGUUGUUACGUUACGUAAUUUUGCAAGAAAAGAGGGAAUCAAUUUUGGUCAAAUGAUGCGACUCAUGCGAUCACUAUUGAGUAGUAAAAAAGAUGGCUAUCAAGUGGCCGAAAUGUUGGAGAUUUUGGGAAAAGAUGGAUCAAUUGAAAGACUUUCAAGGACACCGACAUUUAUGAAAAAUUCAGAAGCAAAAAGUACAAAUUGAAUGUGGUUUUUUUAUUGUAACACAUAUUUAUUUGUAUAACACUCAAAACACCAGUGCUAUCAUUAUCAAAUCACAAAUUUCAAAUAAAGUUCAAAUUUAGUUGAGUGUACGUAUUCAUUUAA